AUGUCGUGUGCCUCCAAAAAAUCAUGCGACGGCUGCUCAUGCAGUGAUAAGCCUUCCACAACCCCAGUCCAAAUUGAAGACUGCAUUGAGGAGCUCAGAGCCCUCCGCAGACGCAAUCAGGAGCUAGAAACACGACUAAGCCUCGCGGCCGAAAAUGGCUCGAAAGCCGUUAUCCGGCAACCCGGUCGAACGCUGCGCUCGUCGGCUUGGUUCGACUGUCGCAGUGAUCCCGGUAUGACAGCUAUCUACAUGGAGCGGUAUUUCAAUUACGGUAUUACACGCGAGGAACUCAUGUCGGGUAAGCCGAUGAUUGGAAUUGCGCAGACGGGGUCUGAUAUUGCGCCGUGUAAUCGGCAUCAUAUUGAGCUGUCAAAGCGGGUGCGAGAAGGCAUUCGGACUGCUGGUGGUAUUGCUUUUGAGUUUCCGACACAUCCUAUUCAGGAGACUUCGAGGAGGCCGACGGCUACGCUGGAUCGCAAUUUGGCGUAUUUGAGUAUGGUGGAGGUUUUGACGGGUUAUUUUCUUGAUGGGGUUGUAAUGUUGACUGGAUGUGAUAAGACCACUCCGGCUUGUUUGAUGGCUGCGGCUACUGUGAAUAUUCCUGCCAUCUGUCUUAAUGUUGGCCCGAUGUUGAAUGGUUAUUCGGAAGGCGCAUUGGCUGGUGCAGGUACCGUGCUCUGGAAAGGGCGAGAGCUGUAUGCGACUGGCGAGAUUGACGAUGGUGAAUUCAUGGACUAUAUUUCCAGAGGAACCCCCUCCGUCGGUCACUGCAAUACUAUGGGUACUGCGUCAACUAUGAAUGCUCUCGCAGAAGCCCUCGGCAUGGCACUACCAGGCUCAGCCGCUAUCCCAGCUGCGUACCGCCACAGAGGCCAAUGCGCCUACGAAACCGGCAAGCAGAUCGUGGAGAUGGUCGAGUCCGAUCGCAAACCUAGCGACUUAAUGACCCGCGAAGCUUUCGAGAACGCCAUCGUGGCAAACGCUGCAUUUGGCGGAAGCACCAAUGCUCCCAUCCAUCUCCUUGCCAUCGCCCAACAUAUGGGCGUCGAGCUAUCCAUGGACGAUUGGGAUACUCUCGGAUCACACAUUCCUCUGCUGCUGAACAUGAUGCCAUCCGGCGAGUAUCUUGGUGAAGAGUAUUUCCGUGCCGGGGGUCUUCCAGCAAUCAUGGCGGAGCUUUUAGAUAACGGAAAGAUCCACGGUGACGUGUUAACGUGUAAUGGAAAGACAAUGGCUCAGAACGUCCGUGGGAAACAUUCCUGGGAUCGUCGCGUGAUUCGUCCGUAUGAUGACCCUCUCAUGAAAGAUGCAGGAUUCAUCCACUUGAAGGGAACUCUGUUCGACUCGGCGAUUAUGAAGACCUGCGUCAUCUCGCCUGCUUUCCGGGAGCGAUACCUCUCGAAUCCGGAGGAUCCCAUGGCUUUCGAAGGAUCGGUCAGGGUAUUUGAUGGUCCGGAAGAUUACCACAGCAGAAUAGAACACAUGCCAGAAAUCGACGAUAAGACGAUUCUAGUCAUGCGCGGCGUCGGUCCGCUAGGCUACCCCGGUGCGGCAGAGGUUGUGAACAUGCACCCUCCAGGCAGACUUCUGAAACAAGGAGUGGACGCGCUCUUCUGUAUUGGUGAUGGACGGCAAUCAGGUACAUCGGCUAGUCCCUCUAUUUUGAAUGCCAGUCCCGAGGCUGCUGCGGGUGGAAACCUGGCCAUUCUUCGCGAUGGAGAUAAGCUGCGCAUCGAUCUGCCAAAGCGCCGAGUGGAUAUUCUUAUCAGUGAUGAGGAGUUGCAAGAACGAAAAAAGGAGAUGCAGUCGAAGGAGUAUCCUCUUGUGCCAAGUGCUACUCCUUGGCAGGAGAUCUUCCGUCAAGAGACGGAUCAGCUAUCCAACGGCAUGGUGCUUCGAAAGGCUGUGAAAUAUCAGCGCCUAGCGCAACAGCACGAGGCCCCGAGGCACAAUCAUUAA